AUGGAAUUUCUUGAAUGUGUAAAACUUUAUGCCAAUAAACCAACAAAUUCUCUUGUGAAUACAUCAACUAAUAAACCUGAAAUAAUCGAUUGGAAUGAACGUUUACAGAAAAUACGUGGUUCAAUAAUACAUCAAUUAUGUCGAUUAAAAAUUGAAGAAGAAUGCCUACGAAAUUUAGCUUUAAAAAAUGAACAAACAAAACGUGCACAUUCAACAAUAACAGUUUCAACAGCAGAUAAUAUUCAACAAGAUUUUCCUAUUAAUAAUUCUAAACGUCAUUGCACAAUUCCUUCAAAUAAUUUUGAUGUUGAAUUAGUUAAUUUUGAUCCUGAAACUAUUAAUCAGACUCAAUUAGAUCUUGAUGAUUAA